AAAAAGAGAGAAAGAAAGAAAGAAAGAAAGAAAGAGAAAGAGAAGGGUUGGUUAGUGCGUCAAAGUGUAUUCUACGAAAAUGUGAUCCGGAACAAAGACGUGGUGCGAGCUUACGUGUCGACUAGGUGAAGUGUCGAAAGGAAGAGUAACGCCGCGCGCGAGAUGGUGCGCGAUAAACUCGUACGUACGUCGUACAUAUCUCGUCGAUGCGACGAAAACUCGCUAGAUAUAUACGACAACCAAUUCAUGGAUUUCUCUGCUCGAAUAAAUGAGCGGUGGAAAUAAGCGAGCAAGCGAGCGAGCGAGUGAGCGAGCGAGCGAACGAACGAACGAACGAACGAACGAACGAAUGAACGAAAGAAAGAAGAGGACGUGAAGCUCGGACACGUGUCGAACACCACGAGUCAAGCAACCCCCUAUCGAAAGAUAAGGGAAUCGAGAUUAACGGCUGGCCUGAGGGUUGACAGGACGAUCGGUGAUGCUUGUUGCGCGCGUAUCCCAAAGAUCCGGUAGCUCCUUCUUGCUAGUAGUCAGCCUCUUCCAGUGGAAGAAACAAGGUACGAAGGGAAAUACCAAACUAUACGCGUCAUCGCGAUUGAGCUCGAAUAGCUUAUGAGAAACGAUCGAUGUCUUAUUGUUUCUCGACGCGCGAACGCGUAUCUACUACGAUCGACGUAUAGAGAAAAAAGAAGAACUACCGUUCGAGUUUUCUCUUUGAGGAUAGGGACGCGUGGAACUACCGUCGAUUGCAGUCUCUCGUUUCUUUCAGAAUUUUUUUAAAACGACUAUCUAACAAAGUGCGCGAUGUCGUCUUUUGUUAAAGUAACCGAACGUAUCGCGUUUCGAGAAUCGGGCGCCGAUUCUUCAGGCACCGGUGUCGUCGACUCGUUGACGCGUUUCGAAAGGAGCGUAGACGUGAAGAGGAUCGCGUAGGUCGUCCGAGCACGAAAUCUAGCGCGCUUCGCCGAAGGAGCGGUAGACGCGCGAGACACUUGUUGCACGUUGCACGGCUGCUAAGAAGAGGGAGGGAGAGUGGCUCGGAGGGUAUUGCGAAAAAAAUCCAAAGUCGGUGAGACAGAGAGAGAGAGGGAGAUAGGGGAGAUAAAAAUAGAAAGAGAUAGGAAGAGAGAAAUAGAGAGAGAGAGAGAGAGAUAGAUAAAGAGAGAGAGAGAGAGAGAGAGAACGGAAGAGAUGUCGAUCAAUCGCUCGAAUCCGUCCUCCCGUCGAGCUUCCCUUCUCGAAUCGUCGAAGGAGAAAUCGUACGUUUUUGGUCAUCCUUGAGGAAGAAAAUCGUAUUAUCAAAAUUCGAUCUCGAAGGAGGUAUCUUCGGUGAUCUCUUCGGCGAUCGAUCGUUCGGGUAAAGUGGUAGAAGACUAUCGAAGGGUCUUGUACAAGGAUGAACGGCAGAAACGCGACGAGGCGAUACGGCCGGUGACAGCGGUGGUGACGAGGCAUCGGCCGGCAGCCAUUCUGGAGACGAAAGAAAGGAUCUUUGGGGGGAUCGCGUCCUCGUCGGAGCCGUCCUAUUUGGCCGGUCGUUUCGUUGGGAGGAAGAAGAGAAGAGAAGCGGAGGAAAGCUGGAUCAUUUGCGUGGAAUGUCUUCGGGCGCCAAGCGACUGGUGCAGUCGCUUAGGGGCCGAACCGGUGGUGGUGGUAGAAGCACCGGCGGAGGAGGCAGCACUCGUUCGGAUGGCAUCGUCGGUGAGAGUAACGUCGUUGGGUCCGCCGGUUCUAGCACCAGCGCGACCAGAUUGUGUCACUACGACAGCGGCCACGAACUCGACGAGAUCUCCGUCGUCGGCGGUAGCGUCGCCGUCGCCGGCGGCGUUGUCAUCGGACCUCUUCCCACUCCCACCACACCUUGCCAUUGCACCGCUCACAAAUAUGGCAGCGGACAGACCCUUUACAGCAUAGCCGGUCUCCCUCCCGCCCCCGCCGCACCCGCUCACAGAGCUCACUCCGGCGGUAUCGCAUCGACGGCUGGCGGAGCGAUCGACCGUCUAAGUUGCGGUUCCGCGUCCGCGUUAGGGUACGACGUCGUCGAUAAACACAGAGACGGUGGGAUCGUUGAGACGCCCGGAGGAAGAAGAGGAGGAAGAUCGGUGCUCGCGAGAGAGAGGGAGGAUGACACGAAGAGCGCGAAGAGCGCGGAGAGCGUCUCCAGGGGCGUUCUACACUCGAGACAAAGCCUCCUGGAUCUUGUUAGCAGCAAAUUCAUGGGCCGACACACACCGACUCACCACUACUAUCAACAACAGGUUCAGCAGGUAUACUCUGUGUCGCAGCGAUACUUUGGCUCGUCGCGCGACUCGCUUCAGGGAGCUUACGUGAACCGCGGAGCGAGCGAAUUGGAUCUCAGUCGUAAACCGAGGAGGAGGGACCAGCAGAGGAGUAGGAUAAAGUUGCCGUACGCGGUCGGCGCGACUCCGUCGCGCGAUCACUCGCAUCUUCAUACGCCGGCCUCCAUCAACCAUCUCAGUAACGCCAGCUGCAACGGCACCGAAACGAGGUAUACGGCCCAGCAGCAGCAACAACAACGCGGUAGCAGAGGUUUUCCCGGUCAAGCUGGAACGAAAGGUUUCCGUACGGGAGCGCCGAACUGGUCCUUCAUCUUUGAUCCCGCGGGACGACUUUGUUAUUAUUGGUCGAUGGUGGUCUCUCUCGCCUUUCUUUACAACUUUUGGGUCAUCAUCUAUAGGUUUGCCUUCCAAGAGAUCAACGGCGAAACGUAUUGGGUUUGGUUCUGCCUGGACUAUUUCUCGGAUUUUUUAUACGUCCUGGAUAUAAUCUUUCAUAUUCGAACGGGAUAUUUGGAGGACGGCGUUUUACAAACCGACGCCACGAAACUUCGGAAUCAUUACACGAACAGCACUACAUUUUACAUAGACAUUCUGUGCCUGCUGCCCCUCGACUUUUUAUACUUAUCUAUAGGAUUCAACAGUAUGCUGCGAAGUUUUAGACUCGUUAAAAUUUACCGGUUCUGGGCGUUCAUGGACAGGACCGAGCGACAUACGAACUAUCCCAAUUUAUUUCGUUCCACCUCCUUGAUACAUUAUUUGCUGGUGAUCUUUCACUGGAACGGGUGCCUCUAUCACAUUAUUUAUAAGAACAACGGUUUCGGCAGUAAGAAUUGGGUCUUCAACGACUCCGAAACCGCGGACGUUGUGAAGCAGUAUCUACAAAGUUACUAUUGGUGCACCUUGGCACUGACCACCAUCGGCGAUUUACCCAGGCCAAGAAGCAAGGGCGAGUAUCUCUUCGUAAUAGCUCAGCUCCUUUUUGGUCUGCUCCUAUUCGCCACGGUACUGGGACACGUGGCGAACAUUGUAACUUCGGUCAGCGCGGCACGAAAAGAAUUUCAAGCUAAAUUGGACGGUGUGAAAACUUAUAUGCGAAUGAGACGGGUACCGAAUCAUCUCCAGGUUAAAGUGAUCAAAUGGUUCGAUUAUCUCUGGUUGACGCAAAAAUGUUCGGACGAGGAGAAGGCCGUCAGCUGUCUUCCCGAUAAGUUAAAGGCCGAAAUCGCGAUAAAUGUACAUUUGGAAACGCUGAGAAGAGUUGAAAUAUUUCAGAACACAGAAGCUGGUUUUCUAUGCGAAUUGGUGCUUAGACUGCGGCCCGUUCUUUUCUCACCUGGUGACUACAUUUGUCGAAAAGGUGAGGUAGGAAAGGAGAUGUACAUAGUGAACAGAGGUCGGCUCCAGGUUGUGGCCGACGACGGGAAGACGGUCCUCGCCACCCUUAAGGCGGGUUCCUACUUCGGGGAGAUCAGCAUUCUCAAUAUGGGGACUGCAGGUAAUCGACGAACAGCGAGCGUGCGGUCGGUCGGCUACUCGGACCUCUUCGUUCUCAGUAAAAAGGACAUGUGGGAUGUCCUCAAGGAAUAUCCAGCUGCCAGAGUACGACUGGAGUCCAUUGCGGUCAAAAGACUGGAAAAGUACAAGAGAGCGCCGCUCAAGAAGGUGGCUAUGAGCAGAUGCCAGAGUACGCCAGGGUUGGUGGAAUCCCACGCACGAGUACCGCUGGAGGACAUGCUGGUGUCACCGUUAGACGAGAAAUUAAGAGGUUACGCCGUGGGCGCUGGAACUCGUUCGCUGUUUACCCCGAGCUCGAGCCCCGUACUGACGCGUACCACCGUUGGUGUUGCCGGCGUCGCUACGAGCGUCGCGACCGGUCCUAUUCUACCCGGUAACAACGUAAACGUCAACGUCAACGUCAACAACGUCGCCAGCCGAAGUAUGGACAGUCCGAUGAGCGCCACCAGCAGCGGACAGAGCAGCGAGGAUCCGACUGCCAGGAUGCCUCGAUCGGUCGCGACUCAACCCUCCACCGGAAGGCAAUCCACUCAUUCCGGUAUGACGUGCAACAGCAUGACGCAAUUAAUGAGCGAGGGCGCGACACCGCUCCUCGACACGCACGAGGCUCUUUUGGCGGAGAUCAAGCGGCUUAAGGAGCGUCAGAUAUGCUUGGAAACGGAGAACGCGACGCUCAGCGCCAAGUUGAAUCAACAACAGUGGGAGGUCGAGCAGCGUUUGGCAGAGAUCGAGCUGCAAAUUUGCGGAGCGAGUUCUACGUCGAGCGUCGAGGACAACAACGAACGUAAUCGCGAGAGCAUCAUUUAA